UACAAGAAAUGUACAAAUAAAUACUGUAAAAUAAGAAUUUAACAUUAAAAUUUGAUAAAAAGUUGAUAUAUUUAAUUAGAAUCAUGAAUAUAUACUCCUACCCUGAUGAAGGCUUGGAGGCUUGCCGCGUGUGUUUAGCAACGGACGUAAAAUUAUACGAUUUACACAGGACAGGAUUAGCACAAACUUUUUUUGAGUUUUCCGGGACUCCUAUUUCUUCAUCGGAUGGCCUGCCACAGCAGAUAUGUGUGUUUUGCUGCGCUCUGCUCAACAAAUCAUCGCAAUUCAGAAAUAAAUGCCGCAACACACACACAUUCCUGCUCAACAACUUAAUGCAGAUGCACUAUUUAACGACCUCCUACCUUCGCGCCACAGACAGGUCGCAGUUAAAACUACCUCUAACUAUAACCAGAACUGAAAUAAACACAGUUCCAGAACCGGAAACGAAUGUUAAGUUCCAAAACGUGAAACAAGAACUAGAAAUAGAAUUUGAGCUAGAUACGGACCCCAUACAAGAUGACGUCUUUAAUUCCGAAGAAAACACUAACAAUGGAAGUGAAAAACCAGAAUUCGACGACAUAUUUAAAGAUAACUUCGUUAAAUCCGAAGGGGUUGUUUAUUUACUAAGUGAUAACAAAGAUAAAAGAAAGAAAAGGAAGGAUAAAAGCAAGAUAACAGAUAAAGCUGUUGAAGAUAAAGUCAAAGAAUUUAAAAGUAAAUAUUUAGACAAUAUAAUUGAUCCUGAUAAAAGGAUGUUUUAUGAAUACGUCUUAGAGAAAUAUGUUAAGGGAAGCAAGAAAUUUAAUAAAAGUAAUGUGUUAGAUAAUAUAUUAGAUUGUAAUGAUACAAAAGAUUUAAACAACAUAAAAAUGGAAAAUAACCUAUUCAUAUCAAUUGACAACGGUAAUAUAACAGAAAACACAACAAAUUUAACAGAAAAACUAACAGAGACUUACGAAAACACAGAAAAUGUCAACCACAAAAGGUUCUACCAAUACAUUUUAGAGAAAUACUACAAAAAUGAUGAUACAAAUAGGACAGUUAGGAAAGUGACAGAUGUAACUAGAAUGAGAGAAAGAAAGAACAAGACAAAUAGAAAGAAGAAGACGAAAGAUGAUUUAGCAAAUUUCUCAAAGACUUAUAAUGUGGAAGUGAUAGUGUUGGGCAGAGAAGAACAGAUAGCAGAUGUCACUAGUCGGAGAGAGACGGAGAAGUUUUCGAAUGCUAAUUUCAAAUGCAUGGAUUGCUACCGAGGGUUCACCGCUGAGAAGGCUUUCAAGAACCACCUGGCUAUACACGAUCCGAGCACAGGCCAGUACGUGUGCGACAUAUGUCGCGUGCGGUUCAACAAGCGCGGUAGACUAACGAAACACAUGCAGCUGCGGCAUAAAUACAAGUUUAUAUGCAAAAUGUGUAGCCAAGUUACUAGAAACAGCACAUGUGCGCGGGAGCAUUAUAAGUGUCACGCCGGCUUCAAGUAUGACUGUGAACAUUGCGGAAAAGUAUUCAGUAAAUACGGCAGCCGCAUCAACCACAUUCGCAUCUUCCAUGGCAGUGUGACCUGCUCCAUCUGUCAGGAGAGCUUUGCUGGUGAGACGGGACUCACGGCCCACAGGACGAAGGCACAUCGAGAGCUGUACAAGUGUACAACAUGUGGCGUACAGUUCCACAACCCUGACGCGUUGAGGAGACACGCUGAGACUCUGUUGGAUGGUGUUUGUGGCGCCCAUAUAAGGCCGUGUACUCAAUGCGGUGACAAUUUCGCCAGUGAAGAGCUGAUGAAGGCUCACAUGAAGGAGUACCACAACAAGCAGAAGCCAAGAGGCAGGACACAGUCAAAGUCAAUGCAAAAACUGGUCAUCCAACAGCGUCCAAACGUGCACUGGCUCGCCAAACGCCGCACCAGACCGCCUGACUCGCUCACCGAUGUCACUGAGUUGACUCACUCGCUCGUACGACGGAAGCAAAACGCUGAGCCGCCGCAGAAGUUGAUGUGCGAAAUGUGUGCUGCUGGAGGAUUUGCUAGCGAGGCAGUAUUACGGUACCACCAGCGCAUCCACACUGGAGAGAAGCCACAUCCCUGCCCACAGUGCCCCAAAAGGUUCCGAAUACGAGAAUUGUUGCAGAAACACCUGCGCACGCACACAGGAGAUAGGCCGUACAAAUGUGCGCACUGUCCGAAGGCUUUCAAAACUGCUUCUGCUCAUCACACUCACCAAGUGGUCCACACGAAGAUCCGUCGCCAUCAUUGCCACCUAUGCGAGAAGUCGUUCCUAACAGCCAGCUGUGUUAAGACUCACAUUAAAACAGUUCACAUGAAGCUACCCGCACCGCCGCGCGCGCGCCGACGCUCGCCCACCUUGUACGAUAUGCGCGCUUAUUGAUGUUGUUAAUAAAGUAUAUUGAUGCUACCUCACUGACUCACUCACUCAGUGACCCAUUGACUCACUCAGUGACCCAUUGACUCACUCAGUGACCCAUUGACUCACUCAGUGACCCAUUGACUCACUCAGUGAAUCAUUGACUCACAUAGUGACCCGUUGACUCACUCAGUGACCCCGCUGACUCACUCGGUGACCCGUUGACUCACUCGGUGACCCGUUGACUCACUCAGUGACCCCGCUGACUCACUCGGUGACCCCGCUGACUCACUCAGUGACCCCGCUGACUCACUCAGUGACCCCGCUGACUCACUCGGUGACCCCGCUGACUCACUCGGUGACCCCGCUGACUCACUCAGUGACCCGUUGACUCACUCAGUGACCCGUUGACUCACUCAGUGACCUACUUGACUCUUUCAGUGACCCACUCACACGGUUGACUCAUUCAAGACGAAAUGACAGUCAUUGUAGAUACGACAAAUGAUGUGUGCAUCUAAUAGAGAAAAUAAAGUGUCUUUUUUAUUUGCCCAUCUCCUAUUCAUAUUGAGAAGUCUCAUAUUAGGGUUGACUUACAUCUCUCAGUACGCUCUCUCUUAGUUUUGAGUAACAGAAAAAGAUAGAAGUAAGUAGAGGAAGUGGACUCUAAAUAGA